AUGGCCACAGAAAAAAAGAAAGUUGACCCUUUCAAGUCGUUCAUUGCUGGAGGUACGGCUGGUGCCAUUGAAGGUGUGGUGACCUACCCAUUUGAGUUUGCCAAAACAAGAUUGCAGUUGGUUGACAAGUCGUCCAAGGCAUCCAGAAACCCUUUGGUCUUGAUCUAUAACGUAUCCAAGACACAGGGUGUUUCGUCUUUGUAUGUUGGAUGUCCAGCAUUUGUGGUGGGUAACACCGUCAAAGCUUCAGUGCGUUUCCUCGGAUUUGACUACAUUAAGUCACUUUUGGUGGACCGUAACGGCAAGUUAUCUGGUCCACGUGGUGUAAUCGCAGGCUUGGGAGCAGGUUUGUUGGAGUCGGUCGUCGCUGUGACUCCCUUUGAGGCCAUCAAGACUGCGUUGAUCGAUGACAAGCAGAUGGCCAAGCCCAAGUACCAAAACGGCUUGGUGUCAGGAACAGUCAAACUUGUGCGUGAUUUGGGAUUCAAGGGUAUUUACGCUGGUGUCGUUCCAGUAUCGUUGAGACAGGCAUCUAAUCAGGCCGUUAGAUUGGGCUCUUACAAUGCCAUCAAGACCAUGAUCCAGCAAGCCACCAACACACCAGCACACGAACCGUUGUCGUCUGCAGCUACUUUCGCCGUAGGUUCCUUUGCCGGUAUCGUCACUGUGUAUACAACUAUGCCUAUUGACACUGUCAAGACAAGAAUGCAAGCCUUGGGAGCAGACAAGCUCUACUCGUCAACGUGGAACUGUUUCGUGCGUAUCUUCAAGGAGGAGGGCUUGCUCACGUUCUGGAAAGGUGCCACGCCCAGACUUGGACGUUUGGUGUUGAGUGGAGGUAUUGUGUUCACCAUCUACGAGAAGAUGUUGGUGGUUAUGGGAUAG